GCCCAGAGCAGUUGUACCAUCUCAUUAUGUUCGUGUGGUCUGAAAUUUAUUUACUUUUCGCUUUGGUCGCACGGGGAUUUUUCGGACCUUUGGCAGAGGUGCAGAAUGGGGACCGAUCGGUAUGCCCAUUGAAUGACCCUCCCAAUCAAUGCGGCGAAUUCUGUCUGACCGCAUUGAAACCACUGAUCGACCACAUAGCAAUGCAUCAGCAGCAAUGGAAUAAUAACUCAGAUGUCCUAAGGCUAAACGAAUCCCUGGAAAAACUAGAUAGUCAGCAUACCGCCCAGAUGUCAGUCCUGCAGGAAGUACUAACAACGGUCAAAAACUCAAAGAUGCCACCCAAUAAAGUAAUACCACCGGGUUUCGAGAAGAUCGGCAAGAGAUACUUCUAUGUCGAAAGGAAUCACCACCAGAACUGGUUCUCUGCCUCGAAAACCUGUGUUCAAAUGGGCGGGCAAUUGGCGGUCAUCCAGGACGAACAGGAGCUACGGGAUCUUAGGGAGCGAAUCACCCACGAUACUAGCUACUGGCUGGACAUCAACGAUCUGGUAAACGAGGGACAUUAUGUUUCAUGGACAACCGGCAAGCGAGCACCGUUUUUAACAUGGCAAUCUGGAGAACCCAACAAUGCAUAUGACAGGGAGCAUUGCGUCGACCUCUACAAAGGCGUUUUUUACGAUGAUAAGUGCGAGACGAGAUACUAUUUUAUUUGCCAAGCCAGUGAAAAUUAAAAAAACGUAAUAUUCGUACAGCCUUUGUAAACAAGCGUUAAUAAAGCAAUUUUAAAAAGC